UCUUCCAGGAAGGAACUCCAAAGUGAAAAAGGCGUCAAGCGGUGAAUGAACGUCUCUUGUCAGCUUUCACGAAGUUUUCCAGGGGUUUCAACUCGGUCCUGUGCGUGUGUUUGGACUCAGGCACAGUCAACAUGCUGAUUAAAGAAUUCCGAAUUGUCCUGCCCAUUUCAGUGGAGGAGUACCAAGUGGGUCAGCUGUAUGCAGUAGCAGAAGCCAGUAAGAGUGAGACGGGUGGAGGAGAAGGUGUGGAGGUGCUGGUCAACGAGCCCUAUGAAAAGGAUGGAGAGAAGGGACAGUACACCCACAAGAUCUACCACCUGCACAGCAAAGUGCCAGGUGCCAUCCGUCUGCUUGCUCCAAAGGGUUCCCUGGAGGUUCACGAAAAGGCCUGGAACGCAUAUCCUUACUGUCGAACCAUCCUUACAAAUGCCUGGAUGAAAGACAAGUUCAUGAUUAAGAUUGAGACGUGGCACAAGCCUGAUAUGGGGGAUCAGGACAAUGUCCAUGGACUAGACAAAAGCUCAUGGGAAGCAACUGAGGUUGUUGACAUUGACAUUGCUGACAGAAGUUGCAUAAGUACAAAGGACUACAAACCAGAAUAUGAUCCAGCCAUCUUUAAGUCAGAGAAGACAGGUAGAGGGCCUCUGGGACCUGACUGGAAGAAAGAACUUGCUAACAACCCCAACUGUCCCCACAUGUGUGCCUAUAAGCUAGUCACUAUUGAAUUCAAGUGGCUGGGACUACAAGGCAAGAUGGAAAACUUCAUUCACAGGGUGGAGAAGCGUUUGUUCACCCACUUCCACAGACAGCUGUUCUGCUGGAUCGACAGAUGGAUCGAUCUGACGAUGGAUGACAUUCGACGUAUGGAGGAAGAGACAAAGAAGGAACUAGAUGACAUGAGGAAGAAUGAAGAAGUUAAAGGCAUGUCAGCCGAUGAAAACUGAUGGCAAAUAAUGGGGUAACAGAGGAUUUGACUUCCUUCAGCAAGCUCAGACUCCUCACCUCAGACACUGGACCUAGAAAAACUUGAUAGGCAUAAUCAAGAAUAUCUGUAUUCUCAUAAAAUUUGCUCUUAAUAAGAGCUCCUUAGUGUGAAGCAUUUGUGUGUAUUUAUGGACUACAUUUGAAUACAACUACAGCAGGUUUUAGUUUUUUUUUUUUUAAGAGAUAAGUUUACCAGUUGGGGAAUCAGUUUUGGAAUGUUCUUGUUUAUGCCUAUAUGGUCCUCUUAAUUUUUUUACAUUUUAAAACAUUAGGGAAUAGGUGUGGGUUGUCUCUGAAGCAACAUUUCUGAUUACUGUUGUCCUUUCAUCUCCCUUUUUUUUUUUUAAAUGACAGUUAUUUGGGCUUAAUUCUUUUUCUUGAUUUUUUCUUUUCCAGUUCUCUGAUUUAUUGUUUACAUAAUAUAAAAUAAAAUAAAAAAGGCUUCAAUGCCUUUGACAAAUUUCUUCUCUGAUCUCACUAAGUACACUUAUUGCUCUGUUUGGUCAAACUGGAAAUCCAUCAUGAUAUGGUGGCUGAAGGCAAAACUAAAACAUAUGAGGUAUUUACAUUGAAAAGACUCCAUCAGAGACCUUUAAUAUCCAGAGGGCUCUAGUAAUCCUGGUCUGACUGCACCAUGUGUUGGUCAGGUGGUUGGUUUAGCUGUUGCAAGACACCAACUACUGUUUUUUAAUUAAAACUUUUGGUUAAGAUUUUGAAAGUUAGUUUUGAUAAUAUGAAAGAAAAUCCUUAACCUUAACUCUGAGCAGAUUUAAAAAUGACACACAUGAAGCAGCUCUGUCCUGAUAGCUGCCCAGACGUUUGGCCCAGGCUGUGUUAUUUUAAGUCUCGUCCUGUGUUCAGUGAAAUAACCUGCAUUUUAAUGUAACGAGUUAUAUGAUUGUGUUGUAUAUUAAAGACUCUAAAUUUG